AUGGGCGAAGUCAAGUCAGACCAGCCCCUAAGCCUACCAGAAACAGACCACACAGCCCAGGAUGUCGAGAAGCAGACCGAAACAGACACAACAUCAACAGAAGUUGUCGGGCAGCAACAGCAACCAGUGGCAUGGGACGACCCUCGCGAGACACGAAACCCCAAGAACUGGAGCACCGCGAUGAAGAUCCUACACUCCGCAAUCCCGUGUUUCCUCGCCUUCGAGAUCACCUUCGCAACCUCCAUCACCGUCCCGGCCACGACGCAAAUAAUGCAAGAGUUCUCCGUCUCCCGCACCCUCUCCGUCCUGCCCCUGAGCCUCUACACCCUUGGCAUCGCAGUCGGACCCGUCUUCAUCGCCCCCUUCUCCGAGGUCUUCGGCCGCAAACCCAUCUACGCCGCCUCCUGCACCCUCCUCCUCGCCUUCCUCGGCGGCUCCGCGGCCGCGACGUCGUUCCCGGCCCUCCUGGUCUGCCGCUUCCUCGCGGGCACGCUGGGGUCCGCCGGCAUCGCCGUCGGCGCGGGGACCAUCGCGGACGUCUGGGAGCUGGGAAAGGGCGCCGGCGCGUCGCUGCUGUACAUCCUCGGCCCCUUCCUGGGCCCCACGCUCGGCCCGCUGGCCGGCGCGUACGUCCUCGAGGACCGGGGCGGCGACUGGCGGUGGACGCAAUACGUCCUGCUCCUCGUCGGCGCGCCGAUCUGGGUCGGGACGCUCUUCAUGAGGGAGACCUCGCGCGCCUGGAUCCUGCGGGCGGAGAACGGGGAGCCGAAGAUCACCGCGGGCCGGAUCGGGGCUCUCGCGCGGGCGGCGGUCCUGCGGCCGACGAAGAUGCUCCUGACCGAGGUCAUCGUCUCGUCGCUGGCGCUCUACACGGCCUUCGCGUACGCCAUGAUCUUCAGCUACUUCGCCAGCUCCUCGUACGUGCUCCAGCGGCUGUACGGGUUCAACCUGCGCGAGGUCGGGCUGAGCUUCAUCAGCGUCAUCAUCGGGUACCUCCUCGGCGCCGGCCUGUACGGGUUUCUGGACGCCCGGUUCCGGAUCCCUGCGGUGCGGGCCAGUACUUCGACGCCGGAGCAGCGGCUCUAUGCUGCUCUGGUCGGAAGCGUGAUGCUCCCUGUUGGGUUGUUCUGGUAUGCGUGGGAGGCGCGUGAAGGGGGCAACUGGGCCGCCCUCGUCGCAGCCGGCAUUCCGUUCGGACUUGGCGCAUUUUCACUCUUUUUGUCGGUCAUCACGUACAUGGUGGACUUUUACGGGCCCAAGUCAGCAGCGUCAGCCCUCGCUGCGAACGGCAUACUUCGGUACAUGCUGGGCGCAAUAUUCCCUCUCUUCACCAUCCAGAUGUACGAGAAGUUGGGCGCGAACUGGGCCGGCAGCGUCUUCGCCUUCCUCUCGCUGCCGCUGAUGCCGAUCCCCUGGCUGUUGUUCAGGUACGGCGGUAAGUUAAGGCAGCGAAGCAAGUUUGUGAUCACUACAGUCUAA